CAUAACUCAUUCACUUCACUUUGAGGAUCAGACUCAUCGUUAAGAGUAGAGUAGUCUCAUCCCACCAAGAACAGCAACAACAACAACAAGAAGCCAUGGCUUCCACAAUAAUCUCACUCCAAACCCUCUCACUACGCCGCUUUGACAAUGCGCCACCUACCACCUCUUGCAAGGCGCACGCUUCCAAACCUGCGCCGCCACCUCGCUCAACCACCUUUCUCUCCAGCAGAAGACAGCUGAUGUUCCUGCUGACGGCUUCGCCGGCUUUAACUGCGAGAGGUCCUCCGUCUCUUGCGGAGGAUAUUCCGUUGUUCGGGUUGAGAAAGAAGCUGAAGAAGGCUGAGGAGGAAGCGGAGGAGAUUGUGAAGGAGGGGUUCGAGGUGGCAGAGAAGGGAAUCGUGUCGGUGGAGAAGGGAAUUGUGACGGCGGAGAAGGGAAUCCAAACGGCAGAGAGAGAGAUCGAAUCGGAAGUGAGUUUUGGAGGGUUGGCUCAGGCGGGAGCGGUGGCCGCAGCGGAGGUUGUGGCGAUUUUGGUUGCUACUUCUAUUGUGAACGGUAUAUUGGGUCCUGAAGCUCAAAAAUCUUAAAUAGUAGUUAGUGAUUGUAUUUUUAUAUGUUUAUUGUUGGUGUUAAUUUGGUUGCAUAUAUGGGAGGGUCUUGCUGUUGUGUAAUGGUUUUGUAGAACAAUGGUGAUAAGCUUGUGAAGCAUGUAAAGUGUAAACCACCCCUCUUAUCUUAUCUUUUGAAGCUGUGUAUGCACUUGAGAACAA